AUGUGGCUAAACAACAGCAUCUUUCUGCUGCUGCUGUUGCACUUUCUAUACUGUUGCCAAGCGAUCAACGUCGUCGUCGACUGUACCUGGCCCUGCGCAGACUCCACCCAUGCAUGUAUCGUCACUGAUGCCACCGUCCAGUGUGGUCCUCGGCAUAACUCACAAUGGAUUCUUCCACAGCCGAAUGGGUCCCCCGUAUUCAUUGGCGAAACCGCACGUCGAAACACGCCUUGCGUUAUAUCACCCGAUCCACCACUCCAUGAAACCGAACUCGACCAAGUCUCCAACGGACGCCAAUCCGUCAUUCAAUGGCCACCAGGCAACGCGAGCAACCCAUUGGAUGCGUACCUCAGCGACUGUGAACUCAACACCUACUGUAGUCAAGACACGCGCAUUUGUGUCCAGAGUAUCCCGGAGGAUGCAACGUGCGAAUCGACCCAUCAGUGUCUGAACGCUAUGCAAUGCAUUGAAAACCGGUGCACGGACACGAGCUUGGAUGACAAUGAAAACAUCGACCGCAGUCAUACCAGCCAUGUGCAUAUUGCCAUCAUUGUUGUUGUCGUCGUUGUUGCUGUCCUUGUCAUCAUUUCCGCUGCUCUGUUUGUCUAUUUCUAUCGAAAGCGUAAAUUAAAAUUGAACAAGAAACACAACUCCUCGUCUUCUUCUUCUUCUCCAUCGGUAAUUGCAUUACCUACUCUUUCCUCGCCUUCAGCACAUCAUCAACAACCACCACCCGCUCCUCCGUCAUUAUUGGUAUCACCAUCACAGCAGCAGCAACAACAACAACAACAACAUAACCUUCAUCUUCAUCAAAGUCCACAGUCUCAUGUACCACACCAGCCAUCGACCUCUUUAGCUCAACCGUCGACAGAAACGACUCCGUACAUGCAACAGCAGCAUCUUCAGUAUCAACUCCAUCGACAACAUGCCUCCAUCGAUAUCAACCAAAACGAUGCAUCUACUUCUAACAACAUUCCUCCUCCACCUUAUUCACCUUGA